UGCUAAGCAUAUAUAAACAUAUAUAUAUGUACAAGCCACAUACAAACAAACAGCAGUUUAUAUACAUAUAAGAAAUCGAACCGAUUUGGAAGGCGUUUGCGGUGCCAGUUUAUUAAGCACUAGUGUACUUAAUAGGAAAUAAAGACUAUACCAGAAUGGAUAAGCUCUUGGAGAAAUAUCACAGCUUAUGUAAUUAUAUGGAGCGCGACACAGUGGGCACCGAAUUGGCCAUCUACGGCACCUCGUCGUUGAUGUUGCUAGUGGCUUACAUAAAGAGGAAGCCGGCUUAUCUGGUGCGCCAAUUCAAGCAGCCGUCCCAUAUACCGGAGCGCAUUAUCAACGAGAGGAUUAUGCAUACCGGCCAAAUACGUGGCGUCCAGCAGCGUGAUCAGGAUACAUUGCUGAUGAUCAAGCAUCGCCCGCUGAUACCCAUCUUCACAUCUCGCGAGAAGCUACUGCCCGUGAAGCUGCCUGGCGUGCGCGUCAACGCCAAUGGGUACUCCUGGCUGCAGCAGUGCCUAAUUGGACGUGAGGCGACCUUCAUACCGCUCAACAAGAGCCAAGGACAGGAUUAUGUUGUCUGCCAGCUGUGCCUGGUGCAUCCGCCCAAGGGCGAUAAGCUGAUUGAUGUAUCCGAAACUCUGCUCAAGUUGCGCUUUGCACGCUUUGCUCAGGAUGUUGCGGCGGCUGUUAAGCGAAACAAUAAAUACUACAAACACUUGCGACAGGUGGAGAACAGCACAGCCAGUAAGGAGGCGUGGCUAACAUGGGCUGCGCGUUACCCGUUCAUCUGGGAGCGUUUCAAUCAGUUAAAGGCGUCGCUGCUGCCUAAGCAAAAGCUAUUGCCCGAGCUUGUACGCUGAACAAUUGACUGCCACGCCUUGACCUCACAAUUAAUUUUUAAAUGAAACGUUGAACGUUUGAAAUGGUUUGUUAAUUUAAUUUCUAAGCAUCCCAACAAAUUCAACGAAAAUCCCAAUAUAGAAGAGGAAAAAAUUAAACAUGUUUUGCUAAAAAUGAAUUAUAACUAAAACUUGAGUAUAUACUAGUGUAAGCGCUUAAAUAUUGUCCAAAUGUUACUUUCGUAACCAAUUGCUCCAAUUAACAAAACAGUAAAAAACAAACAAACAAAAAAAAAAUCCAAAGUCGUACAAAGCUACAAGUAACAAUAAACAAAAUGCUGAUGGAUAGCAACAACAAUUUAUGUUACAAUAAGCAACGAAGAGCGAAUCUUAAUGUUGAUUUUUAUAAAUUUAUACAUACGAAUACUACGUAGUGUUAAAGCCUUAUGCUAUAUUUGUACCAGUGUACAAGUGUCCAAAUGAAUAUAUGGAAUAUAUAUGUAUACAUUAAAAGUUGUUCAUCAUUUUAUCUGUAAAUUGGAAUCUCUUGAAAGUUUUUACAUUUGACCCACAUUAAUAUGAAUUCUGAAGUAAAAGUGCAGUCGAAACUCGAAUGACAACAUCGUGAAUGAAUCAAGCAUUUAAGACGUAUUUAUAUACAUAUACAAAAUAAUAAUAAAAAGUAAAACGAA